CAAUCUUGGGACCUGGGAAGGACAUCUUUACAGCACGUUGUCUGGACUCUAGAAGAACUCCGUCGCUUAGCAACUGUGUAAACACUUCCUUGACAGAACACAAUGCAGUGUGCAAGGUCAAAAGGAAGUGACAGUAAAUUUGCCAUUACUGCAGUUGCUUUGCAAGACCACAUAUCACGCAGUCUGCAGCUGCACAGUCUGUCUCUGUGCGAUCCUCUGUCAGAAGGAUACAAGAGCUCACAAAGGAAGCAAAGACCCAGAAAACCUGCUGCAAACAACGUUGUUAGACACCAAAGUCACCACUGGAAUCAUGGGCCAGAAGAGAAAGAAUACGUCCUAGAUCCCAGUCCCCCACCAAUGACAUUGGCUCAGAAACUCGGUUUGGCCGAUGCCCCGCCCGCGCCGCUGACGGCGGACGAAUGGAGCAGGGUCAAGUCCAGGUCUGUGGACGAAGGAGACUCCAGCCAGCCAUGUGUCAUUUGCAGAGAGGAGUUCCGACUGCAGCCUCAGGUCCUCCUGUCCUGCUCCCACGUCUUCCACAGGGUCUGUCUUCAGGCAUUUGAGAAGUUCUCUGGGAGGAAGUGCUGCCCCAUGUGCAGGAAAGAACAGUACCAGACCAGAGUGAUACAUGACGGAGCUCAUCUCUACAGGGAGAAAUGCGCAGUCAGGAUUCAAGCAUGUUGGCGAGGCUAUGUGGUUCGGGAGUGGUAUAGGCAAGUAAGGAAAACGGUGCCUCCUAAGGACAAAGGGUUAAGAAGAAAAUUCUUUGAACGAAAGUUUCAGGAAUUGAGUGACAGCUUUGUCCGCUCCUGUGACACCAACGUGGAGGAGUUUCUCAGUGCCAUUGAUUGUGAACUGGCCUCAAGCAGAAGUGUGUUCCGUCAGCUUGAAGAACAGCACAUUUCAGAGACAAAACAAGAGGACUGGGAGAAAAUUCAAGAAAAGGCGGCCAGACAGGAGGCUCGGGACUGUCCCAUCUGCCUGACCCCCCUGUGCGCGGGGACGAGAGGGGCGGAGGAGGGGCGGAGAAGGGUGCUGCUGCUCUCCUGCUCCCACCUCUUCCACCUAUGCUGUCUGGAGGCCUUUGAGAGCUUCUGCCUGGAGGGGCCGCCCGUGUGUCCGCUCUGCCGGUCCCUCUACCGCAAGAGACUGGUCUGACUCCGCCCCACGCCGCCGCGCGUGAGGCACGGCGUGUGGCACUGCCGCUCACCGCGAGCCAGGAGGAGGAACGCGUCCCCAGUUGGAGCAGCGUCGGAGCUUGAUGCGAUGGUUUCAUACUUUUUAUCCCGUACGUUUGCUGUCUCGCACAGGGAAUGUAUUUUAGUGGGUCCCAAAACAGACCGCAGUCCACUCCUGAUGAUGCUAUCAGCACUGGACUGGUGGGGCAUAACUGGGAUAAGUGCUUAAUAGGAGUAACUGAAGCAGACUGAAGUAUGCAGUUAAGCAGAGUAUGCAAUUAUCAUGUGCCUAUUAUCAUAUUAUUCAUCAAAUAUAUCCCAUUCGCAGACUGUGGGAUUCAGUAUGGACACAUUUACAAGGUGUGGUACUACUUGAUUGUUUUGCAUUCCUGUUUUUAGAUUCAUAUGCAAAUAGCCAAAUAAUGAAUUUCAUGAAUGUAAUAAAUAAUAGUAAUGAGUGCAACGCAGUUUUUUUUUUUUCU